AUGGCUAAGAGUAUGCAGAUCAAGUAUAACAAGUAUUGGGGGAAGUUUGACAACUUUAAUCCUUUGUUGGUGAUAGAAGCGGUUCUUGAUCCGAGGCAUAAGAUGAAAUUUUUAAAAUUUGCUUUUAAGGAUAUGUAUAAUGAUCCUGCACAUCGUGAAGACAUAACAAAAAAAGUUUUAGAUGUCUUGUAUCGCCUAUAUAACCAUUAUUCAAUUGUGCUUAGCAUAUCUCAGGCUGAAAUUCGGACUGAAACUCAAUCACAAGUGGCUUCUAGCAGUAUCAUAGACUUGAAUAAUAUAGAAUCCUUGGAUAUGGAUGGAGAUCACGCUUUCACUGCAAUAGAAAGGUUCCUUGCACAAACUAAGAUUGAGCUUCAAACAGAUAAGUAUGCUGAGGUGGAGAAGUAUCUUCAAGGUGAGUUAGUUGAAGCUCGUGAUCCUACAUUUGAUAUUCUGGGUUGGUAG